UCUCUUCUUGCCUUCUUAUUUUUCUUCUUCAAUCACUGUCAGAAUUGAUCUGCUUCUGUGUUUGAUCAAUUUGUUGAGGAUUAUCAUUUACAAUAAACCCAGAAAAGGGAAAGUCUUUCAAUUUAUUUAUUGAUUUUGAUUGUUAUUUAUGUGAAAUUGAUGUGUUUUUGUAAUCUGUGGUGUCUCUUUCAUCUGUGUCUGAAAUUUAUUGAUUUUGGGUGUUUGCAAUUCAGUGUUUUGGAUGUGAAAAGAAGCCCCUUUUGUGUUUAUGUGUAGUUUUUUUGGGUGUGUUUUUGAAUGAUUAGGAUUUAUACAUGGAAGAAGAGAAUCAAGUUUUGUUAAAGAUUCAAUUUUUAUUUGUUGACGGUUUUUUAUUUUUGGAUAAUUUGGGAGGUUUUAUGGCUUAGUGUAAAGAUACUUUGGAUUUGGUUGGCUAUUGUAUGAUUGGGUUAUGUGUGGAGUAUAAUUCAAGAUUUUGCAGUUUUUUUUUGUGUGCCUUGUAGCAUGAAAUUUGGUAUCUAGGAGUUUUUGAUCUUUUACUCGAGCGAAGGUGUUUAUUGAUGGUGAAAGUUGAAGCUUCAGACGCGAUAAGUCUCUUCAAUUUCGCAAUAUUGUCGAUUUUUUUUAUUGUUUGGCUGUUUUGGAUUCCCUUUCCCUUAUGCCAUCUAAAUUUGCCCUCUUCUUGGCUGAAUUUUAUGACAAUCCUUUUUUUAUUUUAUUUUUGUAGCUAGUGAAAGUCGAAGCUUUAGACGCAAAUGUCUCUUUAAUUUCGCAAUGUUGUCGAAUUUUUGUAUAGUUUGGUUGUUUUGGAUUCCCUUUCCAUUAUGUCAUCUAAAUUUGACCCUUCUUGGCUGAAUUUUAUGAUAAUCCUUUGUUUUAUUUCAUUAUUGAAAUCAUCACAUCGUAUAACUACAUUUGUUGGCCACAUCUUAGUUUCCCUCUAGAACUGCGGUGAUUAAAAGCCUGGAUAUCCAAAGAAAGAUCACUAGUACAUUUUUUUCAUGCAUUUUGAUAUCUAAGAUGGAAGAGGAAAAUGUGUCCGAGAAAGGUCUGACCUCGGCCGCAGCUUUUGUGGAAGGAGGAAUUCAAGAUGCGUGUGAUGAUUCGUGUAGUAUAUGCCUCGAAGCUUUCUGUGACAGUGAUCCUUCCACUGUGACUACUUGCAAGCAUGAGUUCCAUCUUCAGUGCAUUCUUGAAUGGUGCCAGAGGAGCUCACAGUGUCCGAUGUGCUGGCAGCCGAUCGGUUUGAAGGAUCCGAGCAGCCAGGAGUUGCUCGAAGGUGUGGAGCACGAGAGAAAUAUCCGAAUGAAUCCUCCUAGAAACGCCACUAUUUUCCACCAUCCAACUCUAGGGGACUUCGAGCUACAACAUUUGCCGGUGAGUGCAAGAGAAUCUGAACUCGAGGAACGAAUUAUACAGCACUUGGCUGCUGCCGCAGCUAUGGGGAGGGCUCGUCACUUUGCUAGGAGGGAAGGUCAGCGGAACAGGUCUUCCGCACAUGGCCGUCCUCAAUUCGUGGUUUUCUCAACUCACCCGAACGAUGCUUCCGCGGCCUCACCUGCUGCUCAAAGAGAAGGCGGCUUUCCUCCUUCGGUCAUGAUUGCUGGCCCCAACUCUCCUUUUAUUACCGCUGAAGAUUCCGACCAGUUUGUUCCUCGGAUUUUGUCUUCUCAAGCUGAUGCGCAUAUGGCCACUGGAUCCGCCUCAAUCGCUUCUCCUGCUGCUGCAAGCCGGCCAUCAAGCACUAGGUCUCCACCGGGUAGUCAAGAUCGAGCCGGACCAUCAGAUCUCCAUUCCUUCUCCGAAACUCUCAAAUCCCGCUUUAGCAUAUUGUCAACAAGAUACAAGGAGUCGAUAACGAAGACCACGAGGGGUUGGAAAGAGAAACUGUUCACUCGCAACAGUCAAACGCCCGAACAGCAGCCUACACCUGAAGCUCGUCGCGAGUCUAGCCAAGGUAUUGCCACUGUAUCUAACAUGAUGGGUCAUCUUGAAGUAUCCGAAGACAGUAGAACUACAUUGUCGAGAAAUAUUGACGACGGCUCGAGUCAAGUCCCUACCAGCCAGGCAGCCACUGAGGCGCAGGCUCCGUGUGCUGCUGCUGGUUCUGCAUCGAACUAAACUUCACAUUGUUGGUGAACUACGUUGCUGCUUGCUUCGUCUCGUCUUGAAAGGAAUAAACGGAAGCGAUGAUAUUGAUCCCCCUUUUCGCGACCGAGUACGUAAAUGAUACAUUAGUUCGUAGUUACUAGGAAUGCAUGUUUAGUACAACAUUGAUCCGAAAGAAACACAAGUGGCAGUAAGAAACACGCGAAUUCUGCAGUCUGUAAAUUACACUAUCCACUCGUUUUUCUAAUCUUUCAUUAUUUACCAA